CACUGAUCGCAUCUCACCACUCCCAUCUUCUUCGCCAGCAGAGAUCGCGCCCGUCGCUGUCUCCGUCUCCGUCUCCGCCGUGAUUCCCUCGCUGAAUCUCCGCAGACGCUAAUAAUGUUUACGGUCUCGCCGAGCAACCAUUUUCACUUACAGCAACACUUCGAGUCAUCCGGGAGGCUGUUUUUCUCGAUCUCCGGCGCCGGUAGCAAGUUCCGAGUACGGAAAGCUAGGGUUUCGCGAUGUGGUUCUUUGGUCGGUGGGAAUGGAUCGAGUCGGAGGGUGAUAAGCAGUCAGAAGAAGACUGUGGAGACUGCUGCUUCUCCAUCGGAAAAAAGAGGCGGGAAUGAGUCUAGGAUUUCCUCUUACUCUUCUUCUUCUUCUGGAGGAAUCGAUGUUAGGGCGACGAUAAAGAUCAGGAAGAAGAUGAAGGAGAAAUUGACAGAGAAGAUCGAGGAUCAGUGGGAGUAUUUUGUCAAUGGGAUUGGCCAAGGGAUAUCGAUUUGUCUUAUUAGUGAAGAAAUUGAUCCUGAAACCAACUCAGGAAAACGUAUUGAAUCGUGUGUGAGAGGAUGGUUGCCGAAACCUCACAACGGUGUUCACGCUAUGGAGUACGCUGCUAAUUUCACUGUACCGCGUGAUUUCGGCAGUCCUGGGGCUGUUCUUAUCACCAAUCUUCAUGGAAAAGAGUUCUAUCUCUUGGAAGUUAUCAUUCAUGGUUUUGAUGACGGCCCCAUUUUCUUUCCAGCCAACACCUGGAUUCAUUCAAGAAAGGAUAAUCCAGAUAGUAGAAUCAUUUUCAAAAAUCACGCUUACUUGCCAUCGCAAACGCCGGCAGGUCUCGUAGAUCUUCGCAGUAAGGACUUGUCAAGUAUUAGGGGCAAUGGAAAAGGUGAAAGGAAGCCGUACGACAGAAUUUAUGACUAUGAUGUUUACAACGAUUUGGGUAAUCCUGAUAAGAGUAAAGAUCUUGCUAGGCCUGUUAUGGGUGUUGAAGAUCGGCCUUAUCCUCGACGCUGUAGAACCGGUCGGCCUCCAACUGUCUCGGAUCCGCUUACUGAGAGUAGAAUUGAAAAGCCACAUCCGGUUUAUGUUCCUCGGGAUGAAACUUUUGAGGAGAUAAAGCAAAAUACAUUCUCUGCUGGGAGGUUGAAGGCUCUGGUCCAUAAUCUUGUACCUUCUAUUGCAGCUACACUCUCAAAAUCAGAUAUACCCUUCAAGUGUUUUUCAGAUAUUGAUAAGCUGUAUAUUGAUGGCGUUGUCUUGAACGAUGAAAACCACCAAGAGUACUCUCAAAACUUUUUUCUUGGCAAUAUUAUGAAGCAAGUUGUUAACGCUGGUCAGACAUUGUUGAAGUAUGAGAUCCCAGCUGUGAUAAAAAGUGAUAGAUUUUCUUGGCUGAGGGACCAUGAAUUUGCACGACAGACUCUCGCUGGUGUCAACCCAGUAAAUAUCGAGUGUUUGAAGGAAUUUCCAAUUCGCAGCAAACUUGACCCUAAUGUUUAUGGGUCUCCGGAAUCAGCCAUUACAAAAGAGGUAAUAGAGAAGGAGCUCUACAACGGCAUGAGUGUAGAACAGGCCAUAGAAGAAAAUAGAUUAUUUAUACUUGAUUACCAUGACAUAAUUUUGCCAUUUAUCAAAAAGAUUAACGCAUUGCCAGGGAGAAAAGUCUAUGCCUCUAGAACAGUGUUCUUACAUUCUCAGACUGGUACCUUGACGCCUAUAGCUAUUGAGCUUUCUCUGCCUCCAACACCUUCUUCAAAAACCAACAAACAUGUUUACACUCAUGGACAUGAUGCUACAACCUAUUGGAUUUGGAAGCUAGCAAAAGCUCAUGUGUGCUCUGUUGAUGCCGGAAUCCAUCAACUUGUAAAUCAUUGGUUAAGGACUCACGCAAGCAUGGAACCUUAUAUAAUUGCAACUCAUAGGCAACUCAGUUCCAUGCACCCUAUUUACAAGCUGCUUCAUCCUCAUAUGCGCUACACAUUGGAAAUAAAUGCACUGGCUCGUCAAAAUCUUAUAAAUGGUGGGGGAAUUAUUGAGGCUAGUUUCCUUGGGGGUAAGUAUUCCAUGGAGUUAAGCUCUGCAGCGUACAAAAACUUGUGGCAAUUUGACAUGGAAGCAUUACCGGCAGAUCUUAUUCGAAGGGGUAUGGCAGUGGAGGAUCCUUCAAUGCCAAGUGGUGUAAGACUUGUGAUUGAAGACUACCCAUAUGCAGCCGAUGGUCUCCUUAUAUGGUCAGCCAUAAAAGAAUGGGUAGAAUCCUAUGUUGAGCACUUCUACUCGGAGCCAAAUUCCAUCACAGGCGACGCCGAACUCCAGGCUUGGUGGAGUGAGAUUAAGAACAAAGGUCAUCCCGAAAAGCGAAACGAACCUUGGUGGCCUAACCUCAAUAAUAAAGAGGAUCUAUCAGGGGUACUCACAACAAUGAUUUGGGUGGCAUCUGGACAACAUGCUGCUAUAAACUUCGGCCAGUACCCUUUUGGAAGUUACGUGCCAAAUCGUCCGACGCUAAUGCGAAAGCUCAUACCACGUGAAGGCGAUCGUGAUUAUGAGAACUUCAUUGCCAACCCUCAAAUUACUUUCUUAUCUUCUUUGCCAACUAAACUUCAAGCAACAAAAGUAAUGGCAGUUCAGGACACAUUGUCAACUCACUCACCGGACGAGGAGUACUUAGGCCAAGUGAAUCAAUUACACCGCCAUUGGAUCGACGAUAGAAGGGUGUUGGAGUUAUUUAACAAGUUUUCUUCAAAAUUAGAGGAGAUAGAAGAGAUUAUAAAGUGUAGAAACAAGGAUAAUCGUCUUAAAAAUAGAAGUGGUGCGGGUGUUCCUCCAUAUGAACUACUUCUCCCCACAUCUGGUCCAGGGGUAACUGGUCGUGGAAUUCCCAAUAGCAUAUCUAUCUAGCAAACAUUAUACAAAUUAGUUUAUGAUGCUUCAAGGCUAGGACUUAGGAACAUUGACAAAGGUUCUUUUAGCAUUUAAAACUUAUGUUCUUGUCAUUUAUCAAAAUUUUAUAGAAGAUCCAAUCCAUUAGCUCUACAA